CAUAAGUGCUGAGGGCCAGAUGAAUGGCAGCGGCCAGAGAAAACCAUCUCCUCUUCACCCCGAAAGACAUGAAACUGGCACACAACACUGCAGCUCCUAAAUCGAUGUACAGAAGCUCGUCGUCAUAAUGACGUCAUGAAGUCAGUCAUCACGAAUCAAGAUCUCUGCUGUUAAUCCUGGACAAAGGGGGCCUAACCCAGAUCCACAGAAACCAGCUUACAGGAUCAACUUCUACACCUGAGGAAGAGCGAGGAGAAGGAGGGGUCCGGACAGCAGAAAUAGAGGAGGAGACCCAGAGAUCACAGCAUAGUCUGGACAGGAGAGGAGGAAGAACCUCCACGCUGAUGAUCUCCUAGGAGUCUUCAGGACUUUCUCUGACUGCUGCCAGUCCCAUUCAACAGGCAGGAUGGCUCGGGACAUGUCAGAUAAAGACAUCCUGAAGAUGGAGCUGGAACAGCUGAAGUUGGAAGUGAACACUCCCCGAACUGCGGUAUCAGCAACAGCCCCAGAGAUCAUUGCGUUUGUUGAGGCGAAGUCUGCCGAAGACCCGCUCAUCAAGGGCGUCCCAGAAGACAAGAACCCGUUCAAGGAGAAGGGUGGAUGCAUUAUUACGUAGCAGCGGCCCUGGACGCACCAGGGCUCUGUUCACUGACUACUUUUGUAUGAAACAUCAAUGUUUGUACUAGAUACUCAGAUUUUUUUUAGCAACCAUAUUAGUUUUAAAUUCUGUACAGAUCAGGAAGCAUAAGAGGACGCCCUCGUGUCAUUCAGUACCUUUUGUGAGAAGAUUCUACCUGUCUCUUUUUAAAAUAAACUCAGUAGCAAUUUAACC